AUGCCACCUAAAUAAUAGAAAGUAACCCUUAGGAGACCAUAACCUAAAAAACAACCCAAAAUAGCCAACUAGAAUUUAAAUCAAUAAGAAGCUGAGCCAGAUGGUGAUGAAUCAGAAUAUCAACAUGAAAGGGAAAGAGAAAGACCUUAAUUGACAGAGAAAGAACUGAAUGUAAGACAUGCCAUCUAAAAUCACCAAAGAAUAUCACUCAAUAUGAUUAUUUAUAAAGAAAAUACAAAACUGACGAGAUGGAUGGCGAAAUCAUUCACAAAGACUCAAAUGAGUCCAGAAUACAGGAGGAAUUAUGGGGAAACCAAAUUGGCAUUGAUUAAAGAGGCUGAAAGAAAUUAAGAAAUGGAAGAUCCUGGGGCAUCAAAGGACAAAGAGGCAAUUAAAUAAACAAUGAGAAAUAAAUUUAAUUAUAACGCGAGAGAAGCAUAAACUGAUGGAAGAGUCAUUAGAGAAAGAGGUGUGUCAACAGAGCCUCCUCCAAGUGAUACAUUGAAAGGGCAAAUCACUCAAUGGGAAAUAUUCGAUGCUUAUAUAUAAAACAAAGCCAAGGAGGAAAGUCAAAAGAAAAAGGAUCACACUUCAGAUAAUACAGUUUAUAAGCCAUCAUUCAAGAGAUGUCUAAAAAUCAUGGAAAGAACAGUGGUUCAUAAUGAUCAGAAGGAGAAAUACAAUGAUUACAAAUAUUAUUGGAAUCAAGGUGAAGUAGUUGAGACAUCAAAAAAUGAAGGACAUUUAUUGCCUAUUUGGAAAUUUUCAAACGAAAAACAAAAGAAGAAACAUGUAACAUCAUUGUGUUGGAAUCCAAGAUAUAUGGAUCUAUUUGCUGUCAGUUUUGAAUGGGUCUAAUUUGUUUAUAUUCUCUCAAAAACACCAACUCAUCCAGAAUAUGCUUUUACAUGUGAAGCCGGUGUGAUGUGUCUAGAUUUCCAUCCUCAAAGUCCAGCAUUAUUAGCUGUAGGAUUAUAUGAUGGAACAGUGCUAGUUUAUGAUAUCAGAAAUAAACAUAAAAAACCAAUUUAUCAAUCAACAGUAAGAACUUAGAAACACACAGACCCAGUUUGGUAAGUUAGAUGGAAUCCAGAUAUCUCUAAAAAUUAUAAUUUCUAUUCAAUUUCAUCAGAUGGUAGAGUUAUGAAUUGGGUGUUGAUGAAAAAUAAAUUAGAGCCUGAAGAAGUUAUUAGAUUAAGAUUGGUUGGUAAGAAUGAAGAGGAAAGCACUUUGAUUGGUUUAGCUUGUGGUUUGUGUUUUGAUUUCAACAAAUUUGAACCUCAUAUCUUCUUGGUUGGUACUGAAGAAGGAAAAAUACAUAAAUGUUCAAGAGCAUAUUCAGGAUAAUAUCAAGAAACAUACAUUGGUCAUAAUUUGGCAGUAUAUAAAGUUAAAUGGAAUAAUUUCCAUCCAAGAACUUUCAUUUCUGCAUCUGCUGAUUGGACAGUUAAAAUUUGGGAUUCUAAAAUCUCUACUCAAAUUAUGAGUUUUGAAUAGGGAAUGUAAGUGGUUGAUGCUAUGUGGGCACCUUACAGUUCUACAGUUUUCGCUUGUGCCACUUAAGAUAAAAUCUUUGUUUACGAUUUGAAUGUUGAUAAAAUUGGAAAAUUAGCAGAAUAAAAACCCUCUAAAUAACCAAGAUUGACAAAUAUUGCAUUUAAUCAAAGAGAUCCAAUUAUUUUAGUUGGUGAUACUCAUGGUGGAAUUACAUUACUUAAAUUAAGUCCUAAUCUAACAAAAUCUGGAGUUAAGGCAUCAAAUUUCCCUGAUAGCAAAGUACCUAAAGAAUUCGAGAACAUGCCAUUAGAAUGAAUAUGAAAAAUAAAAAAUGGAAAAUCUAUUGCAAGUGGUUUCAAAAUGGGAAAGGGAAGAUUCCUGAAAUCAUAAAAUUAUACAAAAUAUUUUAUUAUCAAUAUUCAAUGCAUAUUCA